GGAGCUGAGAAAAUCGACACUCCGAGCUGAUGUCUGUCUGCUGUGAAGAAACCUGCUUUCAGACUCAUCAUCGCCUGGGAGUUCCGCUUCGUAGCAAUCAGCCAUGGCGGUCGGCAAGAAUAAACGUAUCUCGAAGGGAAAGAAGGGAGGCAAGAAGAAAAUUGUCGAUCCUUUCUCGAAGAAGGAUUGGUAUGACAUCAAGGCCCCCAACACCUUCACGCAGAAGUCGCUGGGGAAGACCCUGGUGACCAGGACCGCGGGUACCAAGAUUGCGUCCGAUGGGUUGAAGGGGCGCGUGUUCGAGGUGUCGCUGGCGGACUUGCAGAACGACGAGGACCAGGCUUUCCGGAAGAUCAAGCUGAGGGCGGAGGACGUGCAGGGGAAGAAUGUGCUGACGAACUUCUGGGGCAUGGACCUGACGACGGACAAGCUGCGGUCGCUGGUGCGGAAGUGGCAGAGUCUGAUCGAGUCACACGUGGAUGUGAAGACGACGGACAACUACAUGCUUCGGAUAUUCUGCAUUGCAUUCACGAAGAAGAGGCCGAACCAGAUCAAGAAGACAUGUUAUGCACAGAGCAGCCAAAUUCGUCAGAUCAGGCGGAAGAUGAGGGAGAUAAUGACGCGGGAAGCGCAGAGUUGUGACCUGAAGGAGCUGGUGGCGAAGUUCAUCCCGGAGGUGAUCGGGAAGGAGAUCGAGAAGGCAACGCAGGGGAUCUACCCGCUGCAGAACACGUUCAUCAGGAAGGUGAAGAUAUUGAAGGCUCCGAAGUUCGACCUCAUGAAGUUGAUGGAGGUUCAUUUGGAGAUGAUGUCCCGGAGACUGAGGCUGCUCCGGUCCCUGGUGCCUAAGUUUCGGUGCUGUUUUUGACGCUGAAUCCUACUCAUAGCAUUUGUAGACAAGUUGUGUUAAUCCACAGAUGUAGUCGGAUUUUUUGACUCAGAUUAAGAGCAUUCUGUAAUUUACAUGUAAUCCACUA